AUGGCAUCUGCCCAGGACACGGAUUUCUCGCUGCAGAUCCAGCAUGCCCAGAGCCUGCUUCUUCUGAAAGGCUCCACCCUAGAGGUUCUCAGUGAGUACGACAGCUUGAUCCAGGCGCUCACAAAAGCGGCGCUGGCGGUGCCGGAACACUCGCGUGCCCAGGUGCACUACCAGCGGGCCCUCGUGAAGAUCGGGCUCGGCAAGGCGCCGCAGGCCAUAGCCGACUUGCUCCAGGCUUUGGACAUCGAUCCCUCGUUUGCGCCUGCCGCCACCAAGCUCCUGCAAACGUGGCUCGAGCGCGGCCAGUUUGCCAAGGUGCGCGCCCGCUUUUCCCCGGCCGAGGUCCCGGAGAUUUACGCCAAGAUGGACGCGUGGGACGCCGCCUACGCAGAGGUUUCUGCGGGGCUAGAUCUGGCGCCCGACGGGCCGGCCUUGGACGAGUUGUGCGGCGUGGUGGACCGCAAGCUCGCCGCCCUCCUGCCCAGCAACGUGGCCGUGGCCGAGCUCCGGCUCCGGCUCCUGAAAAAACGCGCUUUUGUGGCGCAGAACGAACACGAACACGUGUCCUACGACGGGAUCGUGCGUGCCUACGCCACGCUCCUCAGAAUCCUGCCGCAGAAGAACCUCGCCUGGUACGCGGAGCACUCCGAGUACCUUCUCUGGACGCGCGGCAGUUUUGACGAGGCCUGGAAAACCGUCAAGGCCUGUCUCCGCAUAGACAAUGAGCACCGCGAAUGCGGCAGUCUCUCGAAACUCUACAACCGCUUGCAGCACGUGCUCAGGCCCUUGGAGCAGUACUUCAUGCUCGCCGACUACUUGUAUCCCACGUCGUCGCCCAUCCCCGAGCUUCCGGACGACCAGGUGGAUGCGCUCGACGUUGAUUUCAAGCAGAUAGACCAAGACCUCACGGGACCCGUGCCGCUAGCGGAACGGGAAUUGAGGGCGUUGCCCGCCAGCGUCAAGACUUUGCAUGAUUUCCUCGUGUUCCGCGCCCGCGAGUUCACGGCGCGCGAGUUUGGGGACGAGAAGCUCGCCGAGAACAUGCCGUUGGUCGAGGUGUUGAACAAGCUCGCGUGCGAAGCCAGUAUCCAUGUCAAAGGGGACAAGCAGAAGUUUUGCGCGUUGGUGGACGACCGUGAAAAGCCGUUCUUGCCGAAGCACGUGGCGCACAUCGACUCGUUGUUGAAGAGAAAGAACUUCCAGGCGGCGAAGGAGGCCUUGGUGCAGUACAACAAGAACAUCAAGAAGACAGGUCUUUUCCAGAAAAGAUGGAAAGUGGUGCAGGAGGUCGAGCUCAGAAAACAGCGCCAGCAGCAACAGCAGCAGCAACAGCAGCAACAGGAGUACUUCAGACAGCAGCAGCACCACCACCACCAACAACAACACCAACAACAACAACAGCAGCAAACCAAGUUCGACCCCUCCAAGGACUACUACAAGCUUUUGGACGUGAGCAAAGAUGCAGACGAACAGACGCUCAAGAGGGCGUACAGGGCGCAAACGCUCAAGUACCAUCCCGACAAGUACAAGGGCACGGACCUCCUGAAGAAGGAGAUCGAGCUGAAAAUGCAGGACAUCAACGAGGCGUACGAAAUCUUGUCCGACCCGGAGGCUAGGGCCAACUACGACCGCGGCCCGCAAGAGCCCCAUCAUGGCGGCCAUCAUUUCCAGCAGAGCCACGGGGCUCAAAACGUGCGUGUCAACUUUAAUCACGAGGAUUUUGUGAACCAUUUUGGCGGCGGCGGCGGCGGAGGCUUCCGGUUCCAGUUUUAA